AUGCAUCGCUAUUCCUUCCCACAUACUCCGGUCGCUAAUACUGACUCGAUCAUCAGCGCUGGCAACUACCGUUUCACCGUUUUGGCUGAUGGCCUCCUUCGUUACGAAUGGGCUGAAGACCGCCAAUUUGAGGACCGCGCCUCGGUUCUUGCUAUCAACCGUCAGUUGCCCGUACCCGAAUUUCGAGUCAAAGAGGACCAAACCAGUCUGCAAAUUCUCACCUCUCGAUUUCACCUUACCUAUGACAAACAAGAAUUUUCUCCAAAUGGCCUCAGUGCUGUCAUCAAGGGCAGCUAUGGUCCUCACGUCAGUGUGUGGCGCUAUGGCGUCCAAUCUUCAAAUCUCGGUGGUACAACCCGGACUUUAGACGAGGCUGAUGGGAGAGUUGCUCUAGAGCAAGGUGUUAUUUCUAGACAGGGCUUUGCGACCUUGGAUGACUCAACUUCAAUGCUUUUUGAUGAUCAGCAGUGGGUGACCACAAGACUACCUGGGAAUCGCUUAGAUGGCUAUCUUUUCGCCUACGGUCAUGACUAUCGGCAGGCCAUCCAGGCGUUCUAUCUUCUAUCAGGGCCCCAACCUCUACUUCCCCGAUGGGCUCUAGGAAAUUGGUGGAGUCGAUUUUAUCCCUACACCGGAGAAGAAUAUCUUUCACUCAUGGAUCGAUUCCGGGAAAGUGAUAUUCCAUUAUCAGUUGCCGUGUUGGACAUGGAUUGGCAUAUUGUGGGAGAUGAUCUCAGAGUCAGGAAUGCCGGAGUUACCGGAUGGACAGGUUAUACCUGGAACAAAGAGCUCUUCCCGGAUCCAGAAGCCUUCCUCGCGGAACUCCAUAAUCGGGGCUUACAUAUUUCUCUGAAUGACCAUCCAGCAGACGGUGUUCAGGGCUACGAAGAUCCUUACAACGAGAUGGCUACCGCUCUUGAUCAUGACACGUCCAUGGGUGAUCCUAUCUCUUUCGAUAUCACAAACCAGAUCUUUCUGGAUGCAUUCUUUGAUGUGCUCCACCGGCGAUUCGAGAGGGAAGGACUGGAUCUAUGGUGGGUGGAUUGGCAGCAAGGGACACAUUCCCGGAUCCCUGGCAUCGAUCCACUUUGGGUGCUCAAUCAUUACCACUUCUUGGACAGUUCUCUUGAUAACAAGCGACCCUUGACCUUUUCACGAUACGCGGGCCCAGGCAGUCACCGGUACCCCAUUGGAUUCUCGGGUGAUACAGUAGUAUCAUGGGAUUCUCUCCACUUUCAGCCAGAAUUCACGGCAACGGCAUCAAACAUCGGGUUCGGCUGGUGGAGUCACGAUAUUGGCGGCCAUUUUCACGGUCAAAAAAACGAUGAAAUGCUCGUUCGAUGGGUCCAAUAUGGCGUAUUCUCACCAAUCCUGCGUCUCCACUCGUCGAAUAAUAUAUUCAGCAUUAAAGAACCAUGGAAUCUUGACCCUCAAUAUGGGCAGAUCAUGACAGAAUAUCUCCAGUUUCGUCAUAGACUGCUUCCAUAUCUAUACACCAUGAAUGUUCGCGCUGCGAUGCAUGGGCUACCUUUGAUCCAGCCCAUGUAUUGGGCAUACCCCGAAAGUGAGGAGUCAUACAACGUACCAAAUCAGUAUAUGUUCGGUUCAGAUCUCAUUGUGGUGCCAAUUACUGCUCCUCAAGAUCCUCGUUCUCGAAGAUCUCAGGUCCUCGCCUGGCUUCCUCCUGGUAGAUAUGUGGAUCUGUUCACAGGCAUGGUCUAUGACGGAGGCCGCCGCAUUUGGCUAAACCGACGCUUGAAAGAUUUCCCAGUAUUCGCCCCAGAGGGAGCGAUCAUUCCACUUGAUGCGGCAUCAGCUCUUCCAAACGACUGUGCCAACUCCACCUCGAUUGAGCUCCUGGUUGUUGUCGGGAAAGAUGGCAUUUUUGAACUUGUGGAAGACGAUGGAAAAGGAAAAUGCACUGAUCAGAUCGAUUUCCGCCGAACACGCAUUUCUUUCGAUCAACAGGCCGGAGAGUUGCAUAUUGAGCCCAGGAGUGGUGGGAAUAUUCCCCCCCAUGUCCGCCAAUGGAAAAUUCGCUUCCUUGGAUACGCAUCCUCUGAAGUCAUAAAUGUUUGUGUGGGGGAUAAAACACAAAUAGUCAGUGGUCAGAAUGUGAACAACUGCCUCUACCUGGACGUGGGAUCCCACCCGGAAAAUACCCACAUCGUGAUCAAGUUGGAAAGUCAUCCUCAUUUGAUGUUGAACCGGCCUGAACUCCAAAUCAUUGACUUCUUGCGUGGUGCUCAGAUCGAGCUUGAUCUGAAGGAUGAGAUCCGGAAGAUUAUCGAGAGACCGAUUUCCAGAUUGCUGCAAAUUGGUGAUCUUCAUGCUCUUGGCCUGGACAGCAUACUGUUAAAUUCAAUACUGGAAUUUCUCUUAGCUGACUCCCGCUGUGCAUUGACCACGGAUGAUCAGGAGACGGCGUUUGUAGUGGUUGACACGUAG